AUGGAUAUGUCUGCCCCUCUACUGAGCGACUAUGGAGUUGGUGUUCAGUACCACUGGAGUUAUCCCAGUUCGGACUCUGAGUUCUAUAACAUCUCUUCUCCAGAGACCUGUAUCCUCUCCCCUUCCGCCUGUAUGGACUUCUCAUCCUCCUGCCUGCCUCGAGGGACUGCCACAGAACCUCACAGGUCCACACACUCUGGAGGAGCCAAGGCAUCCGCUUCCCCAUCCUCCAGUGACGAGGGAGGACUCUCUGGAGGGAGGAUUCGAAAGAACCGCUCCAAGAACCCCAGCAAGCAGAGACAGAGCGCCAGCGAGAAGGAGAAGCUGAGAAUGAGAGACCUGACCAAAGCCCUCAACCACCUCAGGACCUACCUGCCCCCCUCUGUGGCUCCGGCUGGACAGACUCUGACCAAGAUCGAGACCCUGCGCCUCACCAUCGGCUACAUCUCCCACCUGUCGGCCCAGCUAGAGCUCAGCGAGGAUGCUGUGUGUCAGAGGAAGGAGCUGAACCUCAACGUGUCGGGACACCAUGUAUCACCUCAACAAGACUCUGUGGGGCUGUGCCAGUUCAACACCUCCUCCUCAGGGUACUGCUGGGGAGAGGAGGCAGAGGUGGGGAGACGUGCAGGGCAGGAACAGAUCCUCCACACAGCUACGUCCACGUACCCACUCCACAACACUGGGAUGGAGAGGCACCCACUCAGCAGUGAGAUGGACAUGUGUGCUUACGACAACAGCUUCAACUCCAGUGUGGAUUCGCUGUUGGAAUCGCCAGAGUACGCAGAGACUGUACAGCCAUGUCAGGUAUGUACAUAUUCAAUGUACAGUAUUUAGAUGUUCAAAUAAUUGUUCAUUUAUAUGGUCAAUGACACGUUUUAAUACUGUUAAUUUUGUUUACUCACAAUAAUUGGUAUCACUCACUGCAGUUUUUCAGUUUGAUGGUUUUAAGGAAAUUAGAAAAUCUGUUUGAACCAGUAAACAAAAUCUUGCUUUUUUUCUCCUUCAGAUAUACAGAAAAGAUGUCCACUAUCAGAACAUUCCUCAAGACUUCUGGAUGUAACAGAAGUCCUCAUCAAGAUAAUCUACUGUCCAGUCAUAGAUGUUUACUUUGAUCUACAGAGUAUUUAUAUGUUAAUAUAACUAGUUUCUUUUACUUUCAAAUUCUAGAUUUAAUACAACGAUUAUUGUAAAUACAAAACUAUUCUUAUAUGUAUAAUAACGUAUUAACUAAUAACUAACUAAUGUGUCUUUGGCUAUUCCUGUAUUUAAAAAUAAGGGUUUUGUAAGUAAAGUAGUAAGUUUGUAAGCAAAGAAGCAUUUUAAGUUGUAAGUAACAGUUUUGAAAUUUUAAUGGAAUAUUCUGUACUUUUACUUUCAAGAGAAUCUACUGUCCAGUCAUAGACAUUUCAAUCUACAGAGUAUUUAUAUGUUAAUAUAACUAGUUUAUUUUACUUUCAAAUUCUAGAUUUUAUACAACAAUCAUUGUAAAUACAAAACGUAUUCUAAUAAGAAUAAUAAAAUAUUAACUAAUAACUGUGUCUUUGGCUAUUCCUGUAUUUGAAAGUAAGGGUUUUGUAAGUAAAGUAGUACGUUUGUAAGUAAAGAAGCAUUUUAAAUUGUAAGUAACAGUAUUUAAAUAUGAAUGGAAUAUUCUGUACUUUUUCUGUCUAGACAGUUUUACUUCCUCCAUUUAAUUCAGCCCACACCACCAGACAUUUACAGAGGCAUAUGACACGGAGUGACACGGAGUGCAUUUUGUGAUUAUGGAACACAGCAUGGCAGACUUGGCAGUGUUAUAACUGCUUUGAUAGAAAUAAACUCGAACAGUCCGGCUGCCAGCUAACAUUACCACAGCACCAAUUGAAAGAAAGAGAGCCCUCUGUUGGUCAAAAACGUCAUCUUUUUAUUUUCAAAACAAUAUUUAAAAUGCAUUAGUAGCCUAUAUCUUCCACAUCAGUACACACACUGAGGAAAGAAUAACAUAUCCAAGAAUGACUAUGAAACACAGGCCAUCAAUCAGUCAACUAAACUUUUGACUCCAUUAAAUAGUUAUCAUGCAGAUGUAGGAUCUUAAUUUGAGCUACAGCAGGAAAAUAAUCCUGCAGCAACAGGAAAUGUGAAUUAUAGAUUUACAUUUUAGUCAUUUAGCAGACGCUCUUAUCCAGAGUGACUUACAGUUAGUGAGUAAAUACAUUUUCAUACUGGCCCCCCGUGGGAAACGAACCCACAACCCUGGCGUUGCACGCACCAUGCUCUACCAACUGAGCUACACGGGGCCCCAAUUAUUAUGUGGAUUAUAAUUAAUGGACAUAUUUGUAGGGGUUGAUAAAUUUUUCAUUAGGGCAAAUCACGUCUGAAAUUUCAAAGUGGAAAUUACAAACUUUAGAAUACUUUUUAAAACUCAAAUACACUACAAGUUUGCAUUUCCUGCUCAGCAGAAAAAUGAUCUGCAACAAAAGAGUGAUCAAAUUAAGAUCCUACAUCUUUACAUACCAAAGCUUCAAUAGUUGGUCUAUUGUAUGCUUCCACACAAUCUCCUUAACUUCAGAACACUGUUUAUCUUUCACAGAGAAGCUAUAAGUCAGGACCCACACUCCUCUCUGACAUUAGCAUUCUAAUGACCCCUCUUAUCCUAGUCCAGAUAAAGAGCUUAGCACUCCCAUGCUAAUACAAGGAUGAGAGAGUGUUGGUUAGAGCCCUGGUGGGCAACAGUAAACAACAAGCUAUUAUUUUCCCUGGAUCAUUUUUUUUUUUUUUUAUCAGAUGCAUGGAGAAUAAUUGAUUAACUCCUUCACUUAUCUAGAGUGAAACCAUGGUUGCUGGUAACCUGUUGGUAGAACUGACUAUAUUAUAGCGAAAUACAGGUAGAUCAAGAUGGAUCAAGUGCCAUGUCGAGGUCAGUGUGCCAUCUUGUGGCAGAGACUGAAAGUUCUGCCAUUCCACACACAUGUCACAAUAUCAGCUAUGUAUCAGUUUUGUAUCAGUAUCAACUAUGUAUCAGCUAUGUAACAUGGGGCAGCGCAUAAUUGGCCCAGCGUCGUCCAGGGUAGGGGAGGGAAUGGCCGGCAGGGAUGUAGCUCAGUUGGUAGAGCAUGGCGUUUGCAACGCCAGGGUUGUGGGUUCGAUUCCCACGGGGGGCCAGUAUUAAAAAAUAAUAAUGUAUGCACUCACUAACUGUAGUCGCUCUGGAUAAGAGCGUCUGCUAAAUGACUAAAAUGUAACAGUAUCAACUAUGUAUCAGCUAUGUAACAGUAUAAACUAUGUAUCAACUAUGUAACAGUAUCAACUUUGUAACAGCUAGGUAUCAACAGCUAUGUCUCUGCCAUGCAUUAGCUAUAAUCUAUCAUCUAUGCAUAAUCUAUGUAUCAGCUGCCAGUAUGUAUCAGCUAUGUCUCAAGCUGCAGAGAGACAAACCGAUCCAGGUCAUUACUGAUCCUCAGGUCAAUAGAGACACUGCUUUGGCACCUCUCAGUCUGGAGAGAGAGUAUGAUCCCUUAUCUUAACAAUCCCCUAAUGUGAGAGAGGAUGAGCUAGGAUAUGCAUAUCACUGGAGAGGUGAGGUGUUGGAUAUCUGAGGAAUAAAAAUUAAGCGCCUAUUUCAUCAGCUUGCCAAGGGCAUUUGAUGUGUUAAUAGAAAGCUUAAUAAACCAGCCAAACACACCGGCAAAGGAAAAGAUUUAGACUUAUGUUGUUUACCUGAAAUAAACAAUUCACCAUGCAGGCUGGGAAUAAAACUAGUUCAUGUUGAUUUGCUAAUCAACCUAAGAUCAUAAAGAUGGAAAGAUUUUAUUAUGCUUAUCCCUUAUUCUGUUUAAAGAGACCAUCAUCACAUAUGUUAGAAAUCUCUUUUAGAGUUGAGAAGUACACUGCUCAAAAAAAUAAAGGGAACACUUAAACAACACAUCUUAGAUCUGAAUGAAUGAAAUAAUCUUAUUAAAUACUUUUUUCUUUACAUAGUUGAAUGUGCUGACAACAAAAUCACACAAAAAUUAUCAAUGGAAAUCAAAUGUAUCAACCCAUGGAGGUCUGGAUUUGGAGUCACCCUCAAAAUUAAAGUGGAAAACCACACUACAGGCUGAUCCAACUUUGAUGUAAUGUCCUUAAAACAAGUCAAAAUGAGGCUCAGUAGUGUGUGUGGCCUCCACGUGCCUGUAUGACCUCCCUACAACGCCUGGGCAUGCUCCUGAUGAGGUGGCGGAUGGUCUCCUGAGGGAUCUCCUCCCAGACCUGGACUAAAGCAUCCGCCAACUCCUGGACAGUCUGUGGUGCAACGUGGCGUUGGUGGAUGGAGCGAGACAUGAUGUCCCAGAUGUGCUCAAUUGGAUUCAGGUCUGGGGAACGGGCGGGCCAGUCCAUAGCAUCAAUGCCUUCUUGCAUUAGGAGGAACCCAGGGCCAACCGCACCAGCAUAUGGUCUCACAAGGGGUCUGAGGAUCUCAUCUCGGUACCUAAUGGCAGUCAGGCUACUUCUGGCGAGCACAUGGAGAGCUGUGCGGCCCCCCAAAGAAAUGCCACCCCACACCAUGACUGACCCACCGCCAAACCGGUCAUGCUGGAGGAUGUUGCAGACAGCAGAACGUUCUCCACGGCGUCUCCAGACUCUGUCACGUCUGUCACAUGUGCUCAGUGUGGCACAGGGCGCCAGUGGCGAAUUUGCCAAUCUUGGUGUUCUCUGGCAAAUGCCAAACGUCCAAACGUCCUGUGAACGUCGGGCCCUCAUACCACCCUCAUUGAGUCUGUUUCUGACCGUUUGAGCAGACACAUGCACAUUUGUGGCCUGCUGGAGGUCAUUUUGCAGGGCUCUGGUAGUGCUCCUCCUGCUCCUCCUUGCACAAAGGCGGAGGUAGCGGUCCUGCUGCUGGGUUGUUGCCCUCCUACGGCCUCCUCCACGUCUCCUGAUGUACUGGCCUGUCUCCUGGUAGCGCCUCCAUGCUCUGGACACUACACUGACAGACACAGCAAACCUUCUUGCCACAGCUCGCAUUGAUGUGCCAUCCUGGAUGAGCUGCACUACCUGAGCCACUUGUGUGGGUUGUAGACUCCGUCUCAUGCUACCACUAGAGUGAAAGCACCUCCAGCAUUCAAAAGUGACCAAAACAUCAGCCAGGAAGCAUAGGAACUGAGAAGUGGUCUGUGGUCACCACCUGCAAAACCAGUCCUUUAUUGGGGGUGUCUUGCUAAUUGCCUAUAAUUUCCACCUGUUGUCUAUUCCAUUUGCACAACAGCAUGUGACAUUUAUUGUCAAUCAGUGUUGCUUCCUAAGUGGACAGUUUGAUUUCACAGAAGUGUGAUUGACUUGGAGUUACAUUGUGUUGUUUAAGUGUUCCCUUUAUUUUUUUGAGCAGUGUAUAUACAAGAAAAUAAAAAUAUACACUACCAUUCAAAAGUUUGGGAUCACUUAGAAAUGUCCUUGUUUUCGAAAGAAAAGCUAUUUGUUGUCCAUUAAAAUGACAUCAAAUUGAUCAGAAAUACAGUGUAGACAUUGUUCAUGUUGUAAAUGGCUAUUGUAGCUGGAAACGGCUGAUUUUUAAUGGAAUAUCUACAUAGGCGUACAGAGGCCCAUUAUCAGCAACCAUCAGUCCUGUGUUCCUUUCUUCUGAAACUCGUCAGUCUAUUCUGUGCAAACAUAAUUGCAAAAGGGUUUUCUAAUGAUCAAUUAGCCUUCUAAAAUGAUAAACUUGGAUUAGCAAACACAACGUGCCAUUGGAACACAGGACUGAUGGUUGCUGAUAAUGGGCCUCUGUACAGUUGAAGUCUAUGUACAGUAGAAGUCGGAAGUUUACACACACUUUGGUUGGAGUCAUUAAAACUUGUUUUUCAACCACUCCACAAAUGUAUUGUUAACAAACUAUAGUAUUGGCAAGUCGGUUAGGACAUCUACUUUGUGCAUGACACAAGUAGUUUUUCCAACAAUUGUUUACAGACAGAUUAUUUCACUUAUAAUUCACUGUAUCUCAAUUCCAGUGGGUCAGAAGUUUACAUACACUAAGUUGACUGUGCCUUUAAACAGCUUGGAAAAUUCCAGAAAAUGAUGUCAUGGCUUUAGAAGCUUCUGAUAGGCUAAUUGACAUCAUUUGAGUCAAUUGGAGGUGUACCUGUGGAUGUAUUUCAAGGCCUACCUUCAAUCUCAGUGCCUCUUUGCUUGACAUCAUGGGAAAAUCAAAAGACCUCAGGAUAAAAAAUGGUAGACCUCCACAAGUCUGGUUCAUCCUUGGGAACAAUUUCCAAACGCCUGAAGGUACCACGUUCAUCUGUACAAACAAUAUCUAUAUCCACAGUAAAACGUGUCCUAUAUCGACAUAACCCGAAAGGCCGCUCAGCAAGGAAGAAGCCACUGCUCCAAAACUGCCAUAAAAACCGCCAGACUACGGUUUGCAACUGCACAUGGGGACAAAGAUCGUACUUUUUGGAGAAAUGUCCUCUGGUCUGAUGAAACAAAAAUAGAACUGUUUGGCCAUAAUGACCAUCGUUAUGUUUGGAGGAAAAAGGGGGGCCUUUCAAGCCCAAGACCACCAUCCCAACCGUGAAGCACGGGCAUGGCAGCAUCAUGCUGUGGGGGUGCUUUGCUGCAGGAGGGACUGGUGCCCUUCACAAAAUAGAUGGCAUCAUGAGGAAGGAAAAUUAUGUGGAUAUAUUGAAGCAACUUCUCAAAACAUCAGUCAGGAAGUUAAAGCUUGGUCGCAAAUGGGUCUUCCAAAUGGACAAUGACCCCAAGCAUACUUCCAAAGUUGUGGCAAAAUGGCUUAAGGACAACAAAGUUGUAUUGACAACAAAAAGGUAUUGGAGUGGCCAUCACAAAGCCCUAACCUCAAUCCUAUAGAAAAUGUGUGGGCAGAACUGAAAAAGCGUGUGCGAGCAAGGAGGCCUACAAACCUGACUCAGUUACACCAGUUCUGUCAGGAGGAAUGAGCCAAAAUUCACCCAACUUAUUGUGGGAAGCUUGUGGAAGGCUACCCGAAACGUUUGACCCAAGUUAAACAAUUUAAAGGCAAUGCUACCAAAUACUAAUUGAGUGUAUGUAAACUUCUGACCCACUGGGAAUGUGAUGAAAUAAAUAAAAGCUGAAAUAAAUCACUCUCUACUAUUAUUCUGAUAUUUCACAUUCUUAAAAUAGAGUGGUGAUCCUAAUUAAUAAUAAUAUAAUAAUAAUAAUAUGCCAUUUAGCAGACGCUUUUAUCCAAAGCGACUUACAGUCAUGCGCGCAUACAUUUUUUUUUGUGUAUGGGUGGUCCCGGGGAUCGAACCCACUACCUUGGCGUUACAAGCGCCGUGCUCUACCAGCUGAGCUACAGAGGACCAGCUGGAUAAUUGACCUUAGACAGUGAUUUUUUACUAGGAUUAAAUGUCAGGAAUUGUGAAAAACUCAGUUUAAAUGUAUUUGGCUCAGGUGUAUGUAAACUUCCGACUUCAACUGUAGAUAUUCCAUAAAAAAUCAGCCGUUUCCAGCUACAUUAGCCAUUUACAACGUCUACACUGUAUUUCUGAUCAAUUUGAUGUUAUUUUAAUGGACAAAAAAAUUGCUUUUCUUUCAAAAACAAGGACAUUUCUAAGUGACCCAAACAUGUUGAACAGUAGUGUACAUUACCAGUCAAAAGUUUCCAGGGUUUUCCUUUAUUUUUACUAUUUUCUACAUUGUAGAAUAAUAGUGAAGACAUCAAGCCUAUGAAAUAAUAAUAUACAGUGGGGAAAAAAAUUAUUUAGUCAGCCACCAAUUGUGGAAAGAUGAGAGAGGCCUGUAAUUUUCAUCAUAGGUACACGUCAACUAUGACAGACACAUGGAGAAAAAAAAAUCCAGAAAAUCACAUUGUAGGAUUUUUAAUGAAUUUAUUUGCAAAUUAUGGUGGAAAAUAAGUAUUUGGUCACCUACAAACAAGCAAGAUUUCUGGCUCUCACAGACCUGUAACUUCUUCUUUAAGAGGCUCCUCUGUCCUCCACUCGUUACCUGUAUUAAUGGCACCUGUUUGAACUUGUUAUCAGUAUAAAAGACACCUGUCCACAACCUCAAACAGUCACACUCCAAACUCCACUAUGGCCAAGACCAAAGAGCUGUCAAAGGACACCAGAAACAAAAUUGUAGACCUGCACCAGGCUGGGAAGACUGAAUCUGCAAUAGGUAAGCAGCUUGGUUUGAAGAAAUCAACUGUGGGAGCAAUUAUUAGGAAAUGGAAGACAUACAAGACCACUGAUAAUCUCCCUCGAUCUGGGGCUCCACGCAAGAUCUCACCCCGUGGGGUCAAAAUGAUCACAAGAACGGUGAGCAAAAAUCCCAGAACCACACGGGGGGACCUAGUGAAUGACCUGCAGAGAGCUGGGACCAAAGUAACAAAGCCUACCAUCAGUAACACACUACGCCGCCAGGGACUCAAAUCCUGCAGUGCCAGACGUGUCCCCCUGCUUAAGCCAGUACAUGUCCAGGCCCGUCUGAAGUUUGCUAGAGUGCAUUUGGAUGAUCCAGAAGAGGAUUGGGAGAAUGUCAUAUGGUCAGAUGAAACCAAAAUAGAACUUUUUGGUAAAAACUCAACUCAUCGUGUUUGGAGGACAAAGAAUGCUGAGUUGCAUCCAAAGAACGCCAUACCUACUGUGAAGCAUGGGGGUGGAAACAUCAUGCUUUGGGGCUGUUUUUCUGCAAAGGGACCAGGACGACUGAUCUGUGUAAAGUAAAGAAUGAAUGGGGCCAUGUAUCGUGAGAUUUUGAGUGAAAACCUCCUUCCAUCAGCAAGGGCAUUGAAGAUUAAACGUGGCUGGGUCUUUCAGCAUGACAAUGAUCCCAAACACACCGCCCAGGCAACGAAGGAGUGGCUUCGUAAGAAGCAUUUCAAGGUCCUGGAGUGGCCUAGCCAGUCUCCAGAUCUCAACCCCAUAGAAAAUCUUUGGAGGGAGUUUAAAGUCUGUGUUGCCCAGCGACAGCCCCAAAACAUCACUGCUCUAGAGGAGAUCUGCAUGGAGGAAUGGGCCACACACCAGCAACAGUGUGUGAAAACCUUGUGAAGACUUACAGAAAACGUUUGACCUGUGUCAUUGCCAACAAAGGGUAUAUAACAAAAUAUUGAGAAACUUUUGUUAUUGACCAAAUACUUAUUUUCCACCAUAAUUUGCAAAUAAAUUCAUUAAAAAUCCUACAAUGUGAUUUUCUGGAUUUUUUUUCCUCAUUUUGUCUGUCAUAGUAGACGUGUACCUAUGAUGAAAAUUACAGGCCUCUCUCAUCUUUUUAAGUGGGAGAACUUGCACAAUUGGUGGCUGACUAAAUACUUUUUUUCCCCACUGUAAUAUAUAAUAUGCCAUUUAGCAGACGCUUUUAUCCAAAGCGACUUACAGUCAUGAAAUAACACAUAUGGAAUCAUGUAGUAACCAAUAAAUUGUUUUAAAAAUUGUGAUGAGGUGAUGUUGAAGGAGUCAGGCGCAGGAGGGUAAAUCACAGAAUAACGUAAUAAUGCGUCAAAAACACUCCAAUGCGCAAAACAGGCGCACUGGAAAAUACAACGCACACAGGGAAAUAUCCUGGCGAUACAAAAUACACGGCGCUCCACCGAGCUUCACUAACCUCCACAAUAAACAAUCACACACAAAGACAAGGGGGCAGAGGGAACACUUAUACAGGUACUGAUGAGGGGAUAUGAACCAGGUGUGUGCAAUAAACAAGACAAAACCAAUGGAAUGAUGAGAUGAGGAGCGACAGUGGCUAGAAGGCCGGUGACGACGACCGCCGAAGCCUGCCCGAACAAGGAGAGGAGGCAGCUUCGGAGGAAGUCGUAACACAAAUGAAAAUAUAUUUUAUAUUUGAGAUUCUUCCAUCAGCCACCCUUUGCCUUGAUGACAGCUUUGCACACUCUUGGCAUUCUCUCAACCAGCUUCAUGAGGUAGUCACCUGGAAUGCAUUUCAAUUAACAGGUGUGCCUUGUUAAAAGUUAAUUUGUGGAAUUUCUUUCCUUCUUAAUGCGUUUGAGCCAAUCAGUUGUGUUGUGACAAGGUAGGGGGUCCAUAUUAUGGCAAGAACAGCUCAAAUAAGCAAAGAGAAACAACAGUCCAUCAUUACUUUAAGACAUGAAGGUCAGUCAAUAUGGAACAUUUCAAGAACUUUUAAAGUUUCUUCAAGUGCAGUCGCAAAAACCAUCAAGCGCUAUGAUGAAACUGGCUCUCAUGAGGACCACCACAGAUAUUGAAGACCCAGAGUUACCUCUGCUGCAGAGGAUAAGUUCAUUAGAGUUACCAGCCUCAGAAAUUGCAGCCCAAAUAAAUGCUUCACAUAGUUCAAGUAACAGACGCAUCUCAACAUCAAUUGUUCAGAGGAGACUGUGUGAAUCAGGCCUUCAUGGUCGAAUUGCUGCAAAGAAACCACCAAUAAAGGACACCAGUAAGAAGAAGAGACUUGCUUGGGCCAAGAAACACGAUCAACGGACAUUAGACCAGUGGAAAUGUGUCCUUUGGUCUGGUGUCCAAAUUUGAGAUUUUUGGUUCCAACCGCCGUGGCUUUGUGAGACACGGUGUGGGUGAACGGAUGAUCUCCGCAUAUGUAUUUCCCACCGUAAAGCAUGGAGGAGGAGGUGUUAUGGUGUGGGGGUGAUUUGCUGGUGACACUGUCUGUGAUUGAAUUCAAGGCACACUUAACCAGCAUGGCUACCACAGCAUUCUGCAGUGAUACGCCAUCGCAUCUGAUUUGGGCUUAGUGGGACUAUCAUUUGUUUUUCAACAGGACAAUGACCCAACACACCUCCAGGCUGUGUAAAGGCUAUUUUACCAAGAAGGAGAGUGAUGGAGUGCUGCAUCAGAUGACCUGGCCUUCACAAUCCCCCGACCUCAACCCAAUUGAGAUGGUUUGGGAUGAGUCGGACCACAAAGUGAAGGAAAAGCAGCCAACAAGUGCUCAGCAUAUGUGGGAACUCCUUCAAGACUGUUGGAAAAGCUUUCCAGGUGAAGCUGGUUGAGAGAAUGCCAAGAGUGUGCAAAGCUGUCAUCAGGGCAAAGGGUGGCUAUUGGAAGAAUCUCAAAUAUAAAAUAUAUUUUGAUUUGUUUAACACUUUUUUGGUUACUACAUCUUUUUUGGUUACUACAUGAUUCCAUAUGUGUUAUUUCAAAGUUUUGAUGUCUUCACUAUUAUUCUACAAUGUAGAAAAUAGUAACAAUAAAGAAAAACCCUAGAAUGAGGUGUGUCCAAAUCUUUGACUGGUACUGUUUAUACAAUAAUAUACAAAGCAGAGAUAUUAUUAUUAUGUGUCACUCCUUAAUAUUUAGUCAUCCAAAAUUGAUAAUACAAAACGUUAUGAGUGUUAGAAAAUGUAACACAGACAAAAUACUACUUUGAUACAAAGUCAUGGCAAAGGAUUAUGUCUCAUAUUUUGGCUUCACUAACCUCAAUGAACUAGCCAGUAGCUAAACACUCAUAAUAUUACAUUUGUAAUACAUUCAGAAGGUUCGGAUUUAGAGGUUAGGCUGAGGUUAGGAGAUGAGACGGGAAUGUUACCUUCUGACCUAUUCUUCAGUGCAUCUGUCAGUUCUGUCACUGGCACAGAGGUGUCUCCUCACAUACCAUGCUUCCUUAUAAAACAGAAUGAAAUCAGUCAGUAGAGAGUCAACUACUCUUGUUUAAUUCUACCCAUUCUCCUUUUUUAUUACCAAAUGUGGCUCUACUGUGGAGUGCGGGCAUUAUAUUUGUAUUCACUGGAGAAAUUAAUAAGAACCACUGGUUGUAUUGCUGUGAGACAUGCUAUGUGUGUGUGUGUGUGUGUAUGUGUGUGUGUGUGUGUAUUCUGGCCAUGUUUUAGGUCUCAUCAUCACAGCUCUACACCUAUGAGGGAAGGGGAUAAAUGUGACACUCUCUUCUGUGGGAACAUUCUCUUAUGACCAGUUCCACAACCACUGCAAUCCACACGCCCGGGGUGGGAAAGGUAGAGGUGCCAAAUAACACCUCAGGCCCAGAAAAACAGCUAAGACCACAAAAACACAAUGUUAUUUCUGUUCACAGGGUUUAUGAAUAUGGAAAAGAAGUUCGAGAUUGUUUAUGAUAAGAUUACUCUUUCCAAAAGUUAUUAUUAGAGCCUAGUUUCAGGUUUUGUAUACAAAAAAUUACUACCGACUAGUUUUCACCCACAUGUGUGAUAUCACAUUGAGAUAUCCCAGACAAUUAUUUCACCACAAGUGUCUCUUUUUGCAUCCAGUGACUAAUUCAAUUGCUGCAUAGAAGGUUAUCCAGCACCUUGAUCUUGACAGAGCCAAUCUCUUCAGAUUAACAAUGACUCACCAUAAUUUGUGAGAAAAAAAAGAACAAUAUGGAUGGUAAAUAAAACAGCUCUAUUCCCUCUAUUUUCCAAGGCAGUGUAGGAGUUGUCUGCUUGUCUAAACAGAGGAGAGGUGUGAACUUCACACAUUACAGCUGGCACACUUCUUUUACCAGUGAGAGCUGCUGAGAGCCAUGGGACUAUUGGUCAUUGAGAAUUAUAAGAUUCUGCUGAAGGCCGGCAUUGUGUUGAGUUAUGUAGAAAUAGAAUAGGAUAGUAUUUGGGUGUUUAUAGUUAUUUGCAUAAUGUGCAUUCCAAAACACAAAUAAUAAUUAUAACUUUUUUUUAACAGCCCCUACCCACUGGGCACAGACGUCAGUUCAAUGUCUAGUUUUGAUUUACAUUCGGUUGCGUUGUCAACUAAUUUCACUGUGAAAUCAACAAAUCAUUUAUAAGUUGGGUGAAAAAACAACAACAGACUUCCUUACGUUGAUGACUUUUUGCAAAUCCAAUCAGCUUUCCACAUUGAUUCAACGUCAUCACAUUGCUUUUUUUUUUUAUGGUGUGGAAACAACCUUGAUUCAACCAGUUUUUGUCCAGUGGGCAUAUUCAAAAGCUGCCCAAAUUAUUUAAAUUCAAUACAAUCCUAUCCAAUACUGCCCAAUUUAGUAAAUUGUUCAAUACAACAAUCUCUCCCACCAUGAAUUCUUGAACUUGAUGCAGAUUUAAUUAUAAUCUGCCUGCCACCUAACACCUGGCUCUAGGAGGGUGUUUCCCAGGGACCCCGUGCGUCUAGUGUGAUCUGUCCUUGGGCACUUUGAAGUCCAGGCACCCUGAGGUGACCACUGAAGGUGCCAUAUCACACCUGCCUGUAGGAUAAAUUGGGGAGCAGCUCUGGGGUCCUCCAGUACUCCUCAAAACCUCUCCAAGGACAGACAGACUAAAGAUCUUCAUAGCUCAGAAAACACUGCAGUAAUGGACUCCGUUGAUUUCUCUAAACUCUUGUUUCUUCAGGCUGGAGAGCAUCUGCUGGACAGUGAUGGCUUUCUGGAGCCUAGCUGUCCCAGCUCCGACCCUGGUUAUUACAGUGCCUGUAGUAGCCUGUCACCUGCCUCCUCCAUUGACUCCUUCUGCCUCUCUCCCCCUUGUUUCCAGUGGGGAGGUGGUCAGGAGAAUGAAGCUUCCAACGCUUCAGGCUGCAUCAGCCAAGCUGCCAAAAGACAGAGGAUAGAAGAACUCCCAUCUCAGGAGAAGAGAAAGUCUAGGUCCAAGUUCCCUGGGAUGAAGCGGGAGAGCGCCAGUGAGAGGGAGAAGCUGAGGAUGAGAGACCUGACCAAAGCCCUCAACCACCUCAGGACCUACCUGCCCCCCUCUGUGGCUCCGGCUGGACAGACUCUGACCAAGAUCGAGACCCUGCGCCUCACCAUCGGCUACAUCUCCCACCUGUCGGCCCAGCUUGAGCUUAGCCAAGAGGAGCCAUGCCUGAAAAGAGAGAUGGAAACCACACCACACCAGUAUAUGCCACAAUGCCCUCAGGGAAGCUCCAUUUCUGGACAGUGGUAUCAGGAGAGACUGCAGGGGAACAUCCAGAGCAAUGAUCAAUACUGUCUGCCACUGGUCACAUCAUGUACCGACAACACAGAGACACAACUGGAACCAGACUACCUGACGUCAGCGGUCUCCUAUCAGGACAUGACCUUAUUUCAGGUAAAUAUGCCUCUAGAUCACUAUAAUAUUGUCUGUAAUCUUCUCAUUUAUAUUAUCCAAUAGCAAACCAUUACUUCUCUUGAGAAAGAGCAAUAUAUAAAGCAGAUAUUUUAUAUCCCAUGUCCUCUUUUAAUUCUGAAUGUUGUCUGAAACUGAAAGAAUGUACUCUCUUCUACAGAUGCACAACCAGGUGAUCCAGAGUGACAUCAAGCAAUUUGAUCUGACCUAUUUCCAAUAA